AAGAAGACAAACAUCAUAUUCGAAAGAUGUCGGCGACCAGGGAAAAAGAUGGUCGACCUGGGAAACCGUCAGGAAAGGAAUCUCAACCUUUGAUUAUAGCCAAAACUCCGGCAGAGGAGCAGCGCCUUAAAUUGGAGAGAUUGAUGAGAAACCCUGAUAAACCUGCUCCUAUCCCAGACCGACCAAAAGAAUGGAACCCUCGGGCUCCUCCGGAGUUUGUGCGGGAUGUGAUGGGCUCCAGUGCAGGGGCUGGCAGUGGAGAGUUCCAUGUGUACAGACACCUUCGCAGGCGAGAGUAUCAGAGACAGGACUUCCUGGACAAGAUGACUGAGAAGCAAAAGAUGGAUUUGGACUAUCUUGACAAGGUGUCAGAUAACCAACAGGCAGCUGAUGAAAGAACAGCCAAACGCAGGAAGAAAAGGGAAAAGCUGAAGCAGAAGAAGCUUAUGGCAAAGAAAGCCAAGCAGGAAGCCAACAACGUUGAAGAUUCUGAGAAGUCCUCCUCCAGCAGUGAAGAGGACGACCAGGAGAGGGAGGCUGAGGAUGAUGCAGAGGCGCCCAGCUUCGUCAUGGGGAAGAGGUGAAUGCCUGCCACCGGGUCAUGAGACACACUUCAGGAAGAAAUUGAACAGGGGGGUCAAUAUCUAAUACCUGUUUAGAAAUCAACACAGCUGAGCAACACAGCCCAGCUUUUAUCAAUGUCAUGAACUCCAUAGACAUCUGAGAGAGAACAAAGGGAGAUGAGCCUCUAUUUGGGAACUGACAUUAUUCCAAACUAAUGUUUGUAGUUUAGAGCAGUGUUACCUGGCCCUGGUCCUCGGGUACCGCCAACAGUACACAUUUUUUGUUGUAGCCCUGGACAAACACACCUCAUUCAACUCAUUGAGGUCUUGACGAUGGGGGUACUCAAGGAACAGGGUUGGGAAACACUGGUUUUAGAGGACCUUGUUCCAAUUCAGUGAUUCGAGGUUGACAAAGCUGGGUUUCGCAUUUAUUAGGCACCAAACAGAGGAAAACUGACUAAAACAGGGAGGAAUACCUGAACUUGAAAUGCUCCUAUAAGAAAUACAUAUUUUUGUUUUCUGUUGCAAAACCUUUUGCUACAGUGUGCCCUAAUGAAUGCAAUGAUACAGGUGUUUCUCAUUUGAAACAUUUUCUUCUGUGGUAGUAUAAUUGCUCACUUGUUUAUUUUUUUAUACUGUACUUGUGUAUAUAUUUUUAAUAAACAUCUGGGAAGAAUAAGGCCUA